UUUAAACAGUGUAACCGCGGGUGAAUACAUGCGCAGUCUCUGGAUUUGAGAGCUGUCAGUCACAUGUCGCUUUCAUCGGUUCUCUCUCGUUCAUUCGUGUUCGCAGCUUCAGCAAAGUAAAAACCGCGUUGCAAUUUUUCAGUUCUGACAAGUUCCCGGAAAUUUAUUCCUACCAUGGCUGACAAUGAUGAUCUUUUGGAUUACGAGGAUGAGGAUCAGACUGAGCAGGUCACCACCGAGCCCGCGGAGCAGCCAAAGAAGGACGUAAAGGGAACGUACGUUUCCAUCCACAGCUCCGGAUUCCGAGAUUUUCUUUUGAAACCGGAAAUUUUGCGAGCCAUUGUCGAUUGCGGUUUUGAGCAUCCGUCUGAAGUACAACACGAAUGUAUUCCACAAGCGGUGCUCGGAAUGGAUAUUCUGUGCCAGGCCAAAUCUGGUAUGGGAAAGACGGCGGUAUUCGUAUUGGCCACGCUCCAACAGUUGGAACCGACGGAAAACGUUCCAUAUGUGCUGGUUAUGUGCCAUACCCGCGAGUUGGCAUUCCAGAUCAGCAAGGAGUAUGAACGGUUUUCGAAGUAUAUGCCCAGCAUUAAAGUGGCCGUCUUCUUUGGCGGUUUGCCCAUUCAAAAGGACGAGGAGGUGCUGAAGUCGACUAAUCCGCACAUUAUCGUUGGAACACCUGGACGCGUUUUGGCUCUUAUCCGGAACAAAAAGUUGAACCUGAAACACCUUAAGCAUUUUAUUCUCGACGAGUGUGAUAAAAUGCUUGAACAACUAGAUAUGCGGCGCGAUGUGCAGGAAAUAUUUAGAAACACACCGCACGGCAAGCAAGUUAUGAUGUUCUCCGCUACUCUCAGCAAGGAAAUCCGCCCAGUUUGCAAGAAGUUCAUGCAAGAUCCGAUGGAAGUUUAUGUCGACGAUGAAACCAAACUGACACUCCAUGGUCUGCAGCAGCACUACGUAAAGCUGAAGGAAAAUGAGAAAAACAAAAAGCUUUUCGAACUUCUUGACGUUCUUGAGUUCAACCAGGUUGUUAUCUUUGUCAAAUCCGUACAGCGUUGUAUGGCCCUGGCACAGCUUUUGACAGAGCAGAAUUUCCCCGCCAUUGGUAUCCAUCGUGGUAUGGUACAGGAGGAGCGGUUAUCUCGCUAUCAACAGUUCAAGGAUUUCCAGAAACGUAUCCUGGUGGCUACCAAUCUGUUCGGACGAGGCAUGGACAUCGAACGCGUCAACAUCGUGUUCAACUACGACAUGCCAGAAGACUCCGAUACCUACCUGCAUCGUGUAGCGCGUGCCGGUCGUUUCGGAACCAAAGGGUUGGCGAUCACAUUCGUUUCUGAUGAAACCGACGCCAAGAUUCUGAACGAAGUCCAGGAUCGGUUCGAUGUCAACAUCACCGAACUACCGGACGAAAUUGAUCUCUCUUCCUACAUUGAAGGACGAUAAAGCUACUAUAUGGAAACGUGUGCCCCGACCGGCAAAUUUUAGUUUGUAUUUUUCUAGGGUUAAAAAAAGUCGUAUAUUCCUUUGAGACGAGUUUUUAACACAAUUAAUUAUGUGACUCCACCCAGAAUAAAAAUGAAAAGAAAUGCCGCUAUAUUAUAAUCGUUUAGUAGUUUAGCAAGAACCGAUACUCAAAAAGCUUCACUAACAUUCUAUUAGUUAAGGAACUACAAAAACAAACCAUUACGGCAGAUUAUUGAACAAUCUACUACUGCCUUUUCAGUAGAGGUGUAGCAUUGAGCAAAUCUUUUCGUUUUUAACUUGAAAUCACUAAAAUGCAAACAAGAUCCCUCUAGGUUUAGUUCAGAUUAAACGGAUAAGUAAUAAAAAAUGAUUUGGUGAAAUUGUA